AUGAAAGAGCAAGAGGCCGCUGCUGUUGCGAAAGAAGAUGUCGUUGAAAUAGAAACUUGGAACCCAGAGGAGAGUCUCCGUCCAUUUCUGAAUGAGGCCCUGCUGGUGAACGAGGAAAUCAGCGCCAUUCACGCCCUUCUUAAGGUCGCCAAUAACGACAGUAAGUUGGCCCACAAACAAGAUCUGAGGCUCGCCCUGCGCGACCGCAUCAACAGCCAAAUAUCGGAAAUUCUCAAUGCGGCCCGACGCAUCUGCAAGCGCCUAGAAGUCAUUGACCGCGCUAAUGCUGAGAACUGCCACAUUUUUGGCUGCGGGGAAAGAACAGCAGUCGAUCGGGCCCGUAUUUCCGUGACCAAUUGGCUACGAAGAUGCCCAAAAAGCUGA